GCCGAGGUGGUGGCAGGUGAUGUGCUGGCCGCUGGCCAGGCUGACGAGCUGGACUACGAUCCUGAGGCUGGCAUGAUGUGUGUCUACGGCCCGCCGGCUGUGCUCAACACCCUCGCGGUGGCCAUGGCCGCCAUCUUCCACGACACCGCCGCCCUCGAUGGCGUCUGUGCCCGAGCCGAGCUCGACUGAUUGCCCUUGCCCUCUCUCCGCUCUCCCCGUUCUGAAAUAACCGCAAUCGACGACACCACCUCUUGCCGCACCCGAUGCGUCCCCCCACCCCUUCCCUACCCACAUCGCCGGAUCGGCGCCGUACGGCACCUCGAUGCUUCCAGGCGUCCGUCACCGCGAGAGCAACCACGUGCGGGCGCGCCUCCCACCUCAAGCCGCAGGCCAAGCAGGCGUCGCGCAGCGUCGGCCGGUGACCUGCAAGUCAAGCGUCGUCGGGUUGUUCACUCUGAGGCGGGCGACAACGCGUCCGAACGACCGUACCGUCAAGGGCUAGUGUGACACACUUAACCCCCACACAACAUGAAGCUUGCUGUUCUCGUGUUUGUUGCUGUUGCCCUCGUGGCCUCGGCCUCGGCUGUGCACAAGAUGCCGCUGUUCCCGCGCCACGAGCUGGAGCGGAGCGUGCUCUCUGAGGCGCAGGCAUACCUCUCGCAGCGGUACACCGCCCGGCUGACCGGCGCCAACGAGCCGCUCACCGACUACAAGGACGCGCAGUACUACGGCCCGAUCUCUCUCGGCACGCCGGCGCAGGACUUUACCGUCAUCCUCGACACUGGCUCGUCGAACCUCUGGGUUCCGUCGUCCAAGUGCAAGAUCACCGAGCUCGCGUGCGACCUGCACCACAAGUACAACUCGGGCAAGUCGUCGACGUACAAGGCCAACGGCGAGUCGUUUGCCAUCCAGUACGGCAAGGGUUCGCUCUCGGGCUUCCUCUCUGAGGAUGACCUUGGCAUUGCCGGGCUCACCGUCAAGGGCCAGACCUUCGCCGAGGCCACCCACUUCCCGGGCAUCACCUUUAUCGUGGCCAAGGCCGACGGCAUCCUCGGCCUCGCCUGGCCGACCAUUGCUGUCGACGGCGUCGUCCCGCCGUUCCAGAACAUGGUCUCGCAGAAGCUCAUCGACGAGCCGGUCUUUGGCGUGUACCUCUCGCGCGACGUCAACGCGACUGUCGGCGGUGAGAUCACCUUUGGCGGCUACGACUCCAAGUACCAGGCCGGUGACUUCCACUGGGUCCCGCUCACCAACCAGACCUACUGGGAGUUUGCCCUGCCCAAGAUUACCGUCAACGGCAAGACCAUCGCCACCAACGUCCACGGCAUUGCCGACACCGGUACCUCGCUCAUCGCCAUGCCCAUGGCCAUGGCUGCCGAGUUCAACUCUGCCAUCGGCGCCACCCCGCUCCCGACCGGCGAGGCCAUCGUCCAGUGCUCCAAGAUCCCGACCAUGCCCAAGAUGGAGGUCACCCUCAACGGCCAGGUCUUCACCCUCACUGCCGAGCAGUACGUCCUCCAGAUCUCCGCCGAGGGCAAGACUGAGUGCAUCUCCGGCAUCAUGGGCAUUGCUCUCCCGCCCCAGAUCGGCGAGCUCGUCAUCCUUGGCGACGUCUUCCUCGGCACCGUCUACACCGCCUUUGACAACGGCAACUCGCGCGUCGGCUUUGCUCCCCUCAAGUAAGUAGGAUGCUCUGCCUCGACUCGCAUUUUCCUCUCGUGCCGAACAUGCUCAUGUCAUAAACUCGCCACGAUGCGGCCCAGCCAAA